CCGCUUCCGGGUAUUCCCGACGGACCAAUUGGAUGCGCCGCUGAGCCGGAAGUGGUGUGGAAGAGGGUGACGGUUUAACGGCAAGGUGUUCGGAUCGCCCUUUGUAUGUUGGGAGGGAGGCGCGUGAGGGGUGAAAGCAAUCGAGGGCGAUGUGGGCGGCCGAAGGGCCAGGGCACGCGGACGGUCGGCAGCCUCGGUGGUGAAAGUAGGACGGAGUGGGAGGAAAGCGGAGAAGAGGAGGAGGGGGUCAGGCCGGGCUGGGCCUGUGCGCUGUCCUCAGUCCUCUUCCCCCGCUGACUAGCUGCGGCUCUCGAUGAUGGAACGGGCGAUGGAGCAGCUGAACCGACUGACCCGCUCCCUGAGGCGGGCGCGGACUGUGGAACUACCCGAAGAUAAUGAAACUGCAGUGUAUACGUUGAUGCCAAUGGUAAUGGCUGAUCAGCAUAGGUCUGUUUCAGAGUUGCUGACAAAUUCCAAGUUUGAUGUCAAUUACGCGUUUGGUCGUGUCAAGAGAAGCUUAUUGCAUAUAGCAGCAAAUUGUGGCUCUGUUGAAUGCCUUAUUCUACUACUGAAGAAAGGAGCAAAUCCAAAUUACCAGGACAUUUCUGGGUGUACACCCCUUCACUUAGCAGCGAGGAAUGGGCAGAAGAAAUGUAUGGGAAAACUGUUGGAGUAUAGUGCUGACGUGAACAUCUGCAACAAUGAAGGACUGACUGCGAUUCAUUGGUUGGCUGUAAAUGGACGCACUGAGCUUCUUCACGACCUGGUGCAACAUGUUACUAAUGUGGAUGUUGAAGAUGCAAUGGGUCAGACUGCUUUACAUGUAGCCUGUCAGAAUGGCCAUAAGACGACAGUACUUUGCCUUCUUGAAAGUGGUGCAGAUAUCAACCGGCCUAAUGUUUCUGGAGCUACCCCUUUGUACUUUGCUUGCAGGUAUUGUGGAUUGUCUUUUUGA